UUGCAGCAGCGGGUGCAGGCGCCGGUGAAGUCUGGCAGACUACAUACAGUUCACAGUCCACAGAGGAGGAACAAGGAAGUGUGGGAGUCAGAGCUCGGUAAGGAUGGCGCUGCGGGCUGUCGGGAGCCGUUUGUCGCAUUUUCAGAGGAACUGUUUGAAGGUCGUCUCCAUUCAAACAUUAGGAGAUGUCAGAUUCAAGAGGACCUGCCCGGUUGAAGUGAGCCAUCUGGACCAUUUGGUUCUCACAGUGAAAAGUGUCCCAGACACUGUCAACUUCUACACCUCAGUCCUUGGCAUGGAGGUCAUCACCUUCAAGGGAAACCGUAAAGCUCUGGGUUUUGGGCAGCAGAAGUUGAACCUUCAUCAGCUGGGUCAGGAGUUUGAGCCAAAAGCCAGGCAGCCAACGUCAGGCUCUGCAGACCUGUGCCUUAUCACCAAAACCCCUCUGGCUACUGUAGCUGCACAUCUCAAGGUCUGUGGAGUCAAAAUAGAAGAGGGUCCAGUGGAGAGGACUGGGGCCACGGGGACCAUCACCUCUCUGUACUUCAGAGAUCCAGACCACAAUCUCAUUGAAGUAUCAAACUAUAAUCAGUCAACAUCAGAGGGAUCUUCUUGAGACCUCUUUGGGCUUAAUUUGAGAACACAUGAGAAUACAUCCAAACUCUGCACUAACUAUUUCUGUUGGGCCUACUUUGCACCGUUACUGUUUCAGCUUUGAGGUUUUGAGACCAAAACGACUGUAGUUCAAACAACAAUCUGCUAGAUUUAGAUUGAGGUUGAUGACUUCAGUUGUCUGUAUAGAAACACUGCUCCUGUGUGGUUCUGACAUCCAUUGUUUGCUAUUUUAAUUAUGUGUGGAAGAAGGCUGGAUCAAAAACACCUUAGCUAUAGUUUAGCUAUAUAAUCAAAUUAGCACCUACGAAGAUUUAUUUUCUCUAUGAAACCAAAAAGUAAUAAAAGGUUCUUUAUUGUGCAAAA